AUGAAAGGAACACACUUGUGAGUUGAAAAUUUGAGUGGAAUAAAUUUUCCACGAAAGAAAUAUGUUUUUACAACGCCCUUUUUCAGCCUAUCCGCUAAGUGGAAUGCUAAAAAUAGCAAUAAGUUUAGCAUUCAUGGAAUAUUUGAUAUGGAAGAAGUGGAAACAGUAUUUUCUCAAAAUGACGUUCUUCUUAUAUUUAGUCCAGAGAACUGGUCAAAGAAUCGAAGAAAUAUCGUCUUGACAUUGUAUUUCGGAGAAAAACUGAAUAAAGAAUUUGAUGAAAAACAAAAGAUUUUGGAGACGGCCAAGUACAUUGGGAAAUAUUGCGACUUUAAAGUUGAGUUCAUCGACGAAACAAUAUCCAGCAUAUCUUCGACCAUAAUUCAAACAUUCGAAGAUCAUGUCAAAUUAUUUGUCCGUCAAAACAAUAAUGACAAAAAUUAUAAUUUAAUGUCGAAAUUAUUGGACGAAAACUUUGAGUUGUCUCUCUCCAAACGAGUAAGUUAAUGUAGUUCUGGAAAUUUUGAACAAUAUAAUUUUCUAGUUUUUUUUCAGUUCGAAUUGAUUGAUAUUAUUAAAAACCGACACAAGGAUAUUGAUUUUGCGACAAUUAUCUGAUAUGGAGAAAUUGAUUGGAAAAAAAUUAUUGCAAGUGAGUGAAUUCAAGUAGUAACGUUUUUGAAAGGGCAACCUUUUGAUAGGAAUCGGACCAGGUCCGAUGUUUGAAAAAUAAUAUCAAGUCAUUCAAUUUUAAGGAACUUGGAACUGUAUUUGUAAGAUGCUCAACUCGUCCGAAAUUACGAGCAGAAAUGUUAGUAAAAAACAAAUUGCAACCCAUUUCGAAAUUGCUUUCCAAAAAGAUUUGGACAAUUGGCAAAAAUAAUGUGGAAGAGGCUUGUUUGUUGAUGGAACCACUUUCCGGUGCGAAAAAUUCUACUCAAAUUGUAAAAGUAAGGUUUUCAUUUGUUUUUUGUUGUUGUUGUUGUUGUUAAAUAUAUCGAUCAUUUAAUAAUUUCAGAGUUGUUCGAAGACCAGUGAUAUAUCGUGUUUCUUGACAAAAGGUAUCAAAAAAGUUUUUGAGGAUAAACUGAAGAUGGAAUAUCCCUAUAUUGAAUGGGAGCACUAUUUGGCGUAAGUUUUUAUUCACUUCACAUUUUCAUAAAUCAAACAAAUUUUUUCAGAACUUUACCAUCUAAAAGUUCCCGAUGGCAUGACUGGCCCACAUUGCUGGAACAUAUCAACAACAAUUUCAAGCGAUAG